UAUACCGGACACAUAGUCAUUGUCUCAUUGAAUCAAGUGACUAGGCUCGUUAAACAUUUCCUCUAUGAUUUAUAUGGCGUUUUAUUGAAGAAGAGCACUUCUGGCUGUGCAGGGUUAAAGACCUUGGCCAGAGCAGCGGCGUCGUGCAGUGGGCGUGGCAUUUAAAGGGCUGCGCAAGUGAUCUUUACGGUGCGCAGGAUGGGCCAAUCAUCAUCCAGCAGCGGCAGCAAAGACAGUAACGGCGCAGCACUCGCGAGCUCCACACGAGCGCGCUUGCAAGGAGUUUUAUCUUCUUCACAUACCGGAGACCGGUUAGACGAGAAUCCGAUGAAAACCAAGGAGCUGCAAACUGUUCAGAAGUGCUGGCGGGACGAUUUCAAAGAGGGAAAGACUUACGUGAAUGUGAGAGUACAAGAGCCGAAAAAACUUCUUUUAAACGCGACUUCUUCCGGUAAUCAACAUGCGACCGAAAACUUGAUACUUCUGAGUCGGGAUACUAACUUUGAACGUUCUGAUUCCCAAAGCGGACAGAAAGGAGUAGCAUUCCGCGAGGAGAACCAUGAAUGUUGCGUCUCACCGUGGGACAUGGAAAGAGUGUCAGAAGGAGGUGCCGUGACUCCAGGCAGAGUUUCGGAGGAAAAUGGGACCCAGUGCUUGAACGCACCAGACUUUUUAGUGGACUUCAGUUGCUCGUCUCCGUUAGCCAAACAUAAAAUCACCAAAAGUACAUCGCAACCCUCCGUGUCCGACCGGCUGGGUGGAGAAGCGGAGCAACAAGCCUCAAACCCGUUCCCUAGGAUUAUUCCCAAACUAAUAGUAACCCAUGAUGAUUUAGGUCCUGUUCAGGACAGUCCGCACAUCAGUGAUUUGACUUUAAGCAUGGGCGGCUUUUCGCUGGAGCUGCAUCCCGAUGAGGACUCGCCCUGCUCGGACAGCGGCUGUGGAGGCUCCCCCCUGCCCUCUCUGUUCCACAGGAAACUGUCCAGCUCUUCCUCUGCAGGUCUGUCCUCUGCCUCGUCGUUUGAGGAGUCUGAGGAUGAUUUCACGGGCAGCGACAUUGAGCCCACCAGUCUGUCCCCCAGUAUGAUCGGCAGUCCCGAUGAACUCACAGGGGCUAAAUCGUGGAGGAAGUUAAAGACUAUGGUGCAUUGCUCUCCAUUUGUGGUUUCGUUUAAGAAAAGAUAUCCUUGGGUUCAGCUGGCAGGCCAUGCAGGUAAUUUCCAAGCAGGCGAGAAUGGGAAACUACUGAAGAAGUAUUGUGAAUGUGAGCAUCAGUGUCUCGAGAAGCUGAUGAAUGACAACCUCCGGCCGUUUGUUCCUGGUUACUAUGGUAUUGUGCAGCAGAACGAGCAGGAUUACAACCUAAUGGAUGAUCUGCUGACCGACUUCGACUCCCCUUCAAUCAUGGAUUGCAAGAUGGGAAGCAGGACAUACCUGGAAGAAGAGCUGGUAAAGGCCCGUGAGCGUCCUCGUCUAAGGAAGGAUAUGUAUGAGAAAAUGGUGGCUGUGGACCCAGGAGCGCCCAGUCCGGAGGAAAGAGCCCAGCAGGCGGUUCUCAAACCUCGAUACAUGCAGUGGAGGGAAACGCUGAGCUCAACCGCCACUCUUGGCUUCCGCAUAGAGGGCAUCAGGAAAGCAGAUGGCUCAUGCAACACCAGCUUUAAGAAAACCAAACAUAAGGAGCAGGUGAUGAAGGCCUUGAGUGACUUUGUGGAUGGAAACACACAGUUGCUGAGGAGUUAUCUGCAGAGGCUAGAGGAGCUGCGCAGUGCUCUAGAGACGUCAGAGUUCUUCAGAACACACGAGGUGGUUGGGAGUUCUUUGCUGUUUGUUCACGAUGCUUCAGGCCUGGCCCGAGUAUGGAUGAUUGACUUUGGUAAAACCGUCCCACUGCCAACACCCCAAACCCUGGACCACCGCACACCCUGGGCCGAGGGAAACCGGGAGGACGGUUACCUGUGGGGUCUGGACAACCUCAUUGAGAUCUUUGGAGACAUGCUGAAGGGCGCCACCCCUCCCUCACCCUGAUGGAUGCACAGAACAUGCCUGAGCCCGGAGGAUCACGUGUAGGGACACGUUGAUGGAGGGAGGCGCACAACAGAAUAUUAGUUCUGGAUGAGUGUGCUCUUGUGCUGUCAGAGAGAUAAAGAGCGAAGUGGAAAAGCUCCAGAGUAUUUUUCGACAAGCUCUUUUUUUUGCACAUGUGGUCCUGCAGAUCCACAGAAGCUCCACCAGCAUCAAAACACACUGAUACUGAACCCAAACAGACUUGAGGAGCAACAAAUCAGAAGAAACUAUCAUUUUAAAGGCGCACAGCCAUGAUUAUUCUUUUUAGAAUAUAUGCUAAGUUCACUUCACUUCUUUUUUUUUUUUUUACCUACAAAUAUGAAAACACUAUCAAACUGGAAUGUGCUUGUUGUUGUUUUUUCUUGUAAAUUUUCUUUGGGUUUCCAUGGUUAUGUAAAUAGUGCUUAUUUAAUUUUUUUUUUUUUUCUGUAUUUUAACUCAUACCUCAUUAAUUUCUGAAAGGUGGUCUAACUGCCGAACUACAGGCAGACUGCCUUUUUUUAGUUUCCUGUGGUCUUCUAAUCUUGAUGAUAUUUGUGUAUAUUUCCAUGACUCAUAUGUCCUGUUGAAUUUUGCAGAAUGUUAUCACCUCUUAAACAGUUCAGUCAGCAGAGGUUUUAUUAUUAAACAGUUAACAUAUUGGCUUUGUCAGAAAUAAGGUAGUAGUUUGUGCACUUAACUAACUGCCCAAGACAUUGAGGACAGUUAAACCCCACAAAGAUUGUAUUUUAUUGAUGAGAAAUGGAUGCAGUGUUUCUUAAAACUAGCCACUGUUACAAAGACACAGCAAGCUAACAGGUACAAUUGAUAAGUUAUAUACACAUGUUGAUGGAACAGUUUGUUCACACUUGGUUUUUAAGGUAAACCAUCAGUAAAUGACCUGUUUGCAUUGUUAGUCACAUAGUUCGGGUUUCUAGGUUAGACAAUUGCAUGCAAGUUUAGAAUAGGUUUGAGAGGUUAACCAUCUUUAUCUGGAUCAACGACUAUUAACCUGAUUUUUUUUUUUUUUUUUUAAAUAAAUAGUUUUGUGAGCUUUUGUGUUGGUACACAGCAGAGUGACCUCUGACCUCGGCUCUUUCCUCACCAUAGCAGGCACUGUGAAGUUCAGCUUCAUAGUGAUCAUAUCAGCUUAUUUGCAUGAAGAACAAAUCUGAUGGUUGAUCUCUCAAUCUGUGGUGGAAAAUUUAUUUUGAUGUAUAAGCAGCUUGUAAGUGUCAGGGCCACUGAUGUCAUGUUGUUGUUGUUGUUGUUGAGACACAGUUCUCAAAUUAGGUGCUGUGGUCAGCUAAAAAAAAAAAAAAAAAAAAGCAUCACUUAUUCCCAACUUCUUGUUUGUUUAAUUUCAGAUAUAGUAAUAAGAAGAGAUCACCUUCUUGCACAGUAUCACAACUGUGACAUUAAAGUGAUUACCUCACCUGGACACUUUUGAUUGACGUUAGUUUACGGAACGUAAAGUUCUACCACUGUGUGUGUGUGUGUGUGUUUCUGUCAGCUUCAGAGAUUGUAUUUUCCGUCUUGAGUUGGACCUGCACACUGUCUGUUAACAUUCCAACACAACAUGCCCAUCUGUCAGUAUUUCCUUGUGGAAACUUCAUGUCUCACAUUCCUUUAGAGAUCCACUGCAUUGUUUACAGAUUAUACAAAGUAUUGUGUGUCAUUCAAAUUGUUGAAAUUGGUUUUUCGCUACUGUACUGCAUGUUUUAGAUGACGUGGAAAGAGAACUGGAACAUUCUUUUGUUGUUGUCUCAGCCCAUUUAAUACAGUUUUAGACAACAGUUUAAUUGCAAUAAGGACAAGCUGAGCAUCUGUACUCACAUCACUUUGAAUCUUUGUCUUGAAAGCCAAUAAUAUAAUACAAUAAACUAGAACUGUUAUUGUUUGAUAUAA